UCUUUUUCCCAGUCUGUGCCCGCUGGAAUUCAUUGGACGAGGCGCGUCACUGUAACUUUUGCUGACUUUCAUCUGACAGAAGCGUCUUUUCUGCGAUUCUUUACCGUUUUUCUGCGCUGCAAUGGCCUCCUCAGACGUGCUUCGACAGCCGGACAAGAAUGCUCGUCCGCUGGCUCUAUCGGGCCACGUUGGUUUCGACAGUCUGCCGGAUCAACUGGUCAACAAGUCCACUAGUCAGGGAUUCUGCUUCAACAUCCUCUGCAUCGGUGAAACUGGGAUUGGUAAAUCAACACUGAUGGACACUCUUUUCAACACUAAUUUUGAGAAUUUUGAGUCGUCUCAUUUUGAGCCGAAGGUGAAGCUGCGCGCGCAGACGUACGAUCUCCAGGAGAGUAACGUUCGCCUGAAGCUCACCGUGGUCAAUACUGUUGGCUUCGGAGAUCAGAUGAACAAACAAGAGAGUUACCAGCACAUAGUGGACUACAUCGACACACAGUUUGAGUCGUACUUACAGGAGGAGCUGAAGAUCAAGCGCUCUCUUCAUAACUAUCACGACUCCAGGAUCCACGCCUGCCUGUAUUUCAUCGCUCCGUCCGGACACUCGCUCAAAUCCCUGGAUCUGGUCACUAUGAAGAAGCUGGAUAGCAAGGUCAACAUUAUUCCCGUCAUCGCUAAAGCCGACACCAUCUCCAAGAGCGAAUUACACAAGUUCAAGAUCAAGAUCAUGAGCGAGCUGGUCAGCAACGGCGUGCAGAUCUACCAGUUCCCCAUCGAUGACGAGACCGUGGCCAAGAUCAACACGGCCAUGAACGGUCACCUGCCCUUCGCUGUGGUCGGCAGCACAGAAGAGGUAAACAUCGGGAAUAAGAUGGUGAAGGCCAGACAGUACCCGUGGGGCGUCGUACAGGUGGAGAACGAGAACCACUGUGACUUUGUGAAGCUGCGUGAGAUGCUGAUCUGUGUGAACAUGGAGGAUCUGCGGGAACAAACACACACACGCCACUACGAGCUCUACAGACGCUGCAAACUGGAGGAGAUGGGCUUUAAAGACACCGACCCCGAGUGUAAACCUGUCAGUCUCCAGCAGACGUACGAGGCGAAGCGGCAGGAGUUUCUGGGUGAACUGCAGAGACGAGAAGAAGAGAUGAGGCAGACGUUUGUGCAGAGAGUCAAGGAGAAAGAGGCCGAGCUGAAAGAUGCAGAGAGAGAGCUGCAGGGUAAGUUCGAGCAGCUGAAGCGUCUGCAUGCGGAUGAGAAGAGUAAACUGGAGGAGAAGCGCAGGAGUCUGGAGGAGGAGAUGAGUGUGUUCAGCAAACGCAAAGCAGCGACCGAACUCCUGCAGGCGCAGUCCUUCAACACCAGCACCAACAACAAGAAGGACAAAGACCGCAAGAACUCUGGGUUCAUGUGAAGACGAGUGGAGACACGAGCCUACAUGUUUACACACACACACUCUCUCUCUCUCUCUCUCUCUCUCUCUCUCUCUCUCUCUCUCUCUCUCUCUCUCUCUCUCUCUCUCUCUCUCUCCCACACACACUCACCAGCAGAUGGCGGUACUGAACACUACGCUCUGAAGAACAGCACACGUCUUCACUUCUUCACUUUGGUGCCUGACAGAUGAAAAUAAUGCAUCAUGAGCACAAUCCAGCUGAUUUAUCACAGAAGAUGCUCCGCUUUAUUAUUAAUGUUUGAGGAAAUGUUAAUCCACUAGUUUUACUGCUCAGUGUAUGAUGAAUUAUUCUGCUGGACUUGUGUUUUUUAUACGGUCGAGGAGGGCUAAAAACAUUAAUCUGACAUUUACUAUAGUAAUUUACCACAGAUGUUUACUUUGUUGCAUUUAUUUUCCACAUUUUAUACUCAUAUCAUGUUACGUGUAUUUAAACAGUGUUAUUUGAGGGAUGUUUUAACCUAAUAAACUUGUAUUUUUCUGCAAA